AUGAGUAUUAAGUUGGUGGUCAGAGAGUGCACCAUAAACAUCGUUAGCGCCUAUGCGCCUCAUGCGGGCCUAGAUGAGGAGGUUAAACAGCGCUUUUGGGAGGGGUUAGAUGAGAUUGUGCGCCACAUUUCGCCUACUGAGCAGCUAUUCAUAGGAGGGGAUUUCAAUGGUCAUAUUGGGUCGACCGUAGGUGGUUAUGGGGAGGUGCAUGGAGGCUUCGGUUUUGGGGAGAGGAAUGGAGGAGGUACCUCACUUUUGGACUUCGCUAAGGCUUUUGGGUUGGUGAUUGUGAACUCUAGCUUCCCGAAGAGAGAGGCGCAUUUGGUUACUUUUCAAAAUGCGGUGGCAAAGACUCAAAUUGACUAUCUCCUCCUCAGGAGGUGUGACAGAGGAUUGUGCAAGGAUUGCAAGGUGAUCCCGGAUGAGAUACUCGGGACACGGCAUAGGUUAUUGGUGAUGGACAUUGGUAUUAUGUUAAAGAGGAGAAAAAGGUCUGCUUGA